GGGCAGUGUUAAAAGGUGGUAUAUCAUGACGUGUAUAUAAUAUAGGAACAUACUGUAUUUUCAAGGCUUAGGUUCAUCAGGAUCAGAAUUACGAUGUAUACACGGUUAUAAACGCGGAUAGUGAGAACAUACCUUGGCUGGAGAAAGCUUUACACUAUUUCUUUGCUCUUUUAUUAUCGUGUUUUCGCUAAACGAUUCAUUUACAAGAAGAGACAAACGUAACCAUGAAACGCCACAACCUCCGGAGCAUGAUGGCUUUACGAACACUCUUGAUGGCGACGACGAUAACGACUCUGCUGGACGUCAUCGCUGGGCAGACGACAUCGAUGCCUCUUCCUCCUCCACUUCCUACCUUUAAAGAAGAAGCAUUCCCGGUUUCGAUCCCAACACGAAUGACCACACCUAUGUUUCACGUGGGAACACAAGGAGUGGCGGCACCAUUUGAUCUCAAUCCUUACCGAACAACAAAAGCCCCACCUUAUUCUCCAAGAACGGAACUCGUCAUCGAGUGCCCUCAUGGCUUCGAUCAGAUCUCAACCCCUUGCGGAUCACCAGAGAACGAACCACUUUGGCCGGAAUGCGACGCUGCAACUCUACACGUGAUGCAUAGAUUCAGUAUAGACAGCUACGAUUCGUGUCUGGACGCUGUUCCUACAAUCCUUGGAUACCUGGGAGUCUCUGCCACCGAUGACGGCAACGAAACGACUACUCUCAGAUUUCCAGUUGCUACUAUUAACUGGCGGGGCAUGGUCAAUAUUACAAACGACCAUCGUAUGCAGAAUGGCAUAGACACUGCAAUAGAUGAUGGGCUUAUAAUUAACGUCUGGAGCAUACCUUGCGCAGAUUUCAUUGAGUACGGGGUAACAUGUUCAGUAAAAGCAGACCACAAUGACUCUAUUUCGUCCUCGCCCUCAGGGGCAGAUUGUGACGAAGAGUAUUUCGUUGGCGACCGGGAAGCUUUCACGCCAAUCUGGCAUAAUGGAUCGUUCCUUCUCUUCUUCAAUGGAACCUACGUUACACCAUCUUGGUGGAGUGGUAGAUCUACCUUCGACAUUGUCCGGUCGAACCCAUUUGAUUUUAGUCGUCACGAUAAAACACGAGAACUAAGAGUGUGUGGUGUACAAAAGGCGAUGAUCAACUGCGACAUCAUCUUAUCAGAAGAUCAGUAUCUUCUCAAAGACAGUGUUAAUUCGACAGCCGUCAUCUACAACGGAACAGAAUAUCAAGAAGACUUGUUUGAAUACGUGUCCAACAACUCUAUCAGAAUCUGCAUUAUCCAUGAUAACUUUUCCACUGUUCAGGAAGGAAUAGACGAAAGCAUGAAGCCAGAACCUGUGAAUGUCCAGUUAAUCUAUAGCCAUGUUCUGUUCGCAGUAUCAACAUUGUGUCUGGUUCUAUUGGUCGGAACCUACCUGAUAUUUUCUGAACUUCGGAACUUCCAGGGAUGUGCCAUUCUGACCUUUGCUGUAACUUUGCUGAUUUCCCAAAUUUGUCUCCAGUAUGUCGCUCCUUAUGCACGUCGCACAACGGCUCUGUGCCAGGGUGUGGCGGUUCUUGCGCACUUUACGCUUUUGUGUGCUUUUGCCUGGAUGACUCUUCUUGCAUUUGACCUUUGCCGAAGCUUCAAAGGAACCCAGACCCGCACACACCACAGCCCCAACAGUCGCCUCAAACGCUAUGCUCGAUAUUCACUGGUUGGUUGGGGUGUUCCUCUUCUUCUAGUAAUUGUCUCCCUUGGGCUGCAUUUCACGGAAAAUGAUAUACUCCCGCUUGAGUACGGAUCGGGGAGAAAUUGUUGGGUGUAUCCAGUUCUUUCCAACAUUGUCUUUUUCAUCGGUCCAAUCGUGUUGUCCUUGGUUGCCAAUGCCGUUCUCUUCGCCAUCACUGUGGUUAGUAUUUGCAGGACGACCAAGAUGACCAGGAGUACCCUCCGAAAGGACGGAUCACAAAGGAAUGUCAUAGCGGAACUGCUCAUCUACUUCAAGAUAUCUUGUCUAAUGGGAUUCAGUUGGUUGUUUGGUCUGAUAGCCGCCCUGGGUACGACGCCAGCUCUCUGGUACAUCUUCAUAACGGUUAAUGGUCUCCAAGGCAUUUCGGUCUUUUUCUCCUUCGGCCUCAAUGCCAGGGUAAGAAAAUUAUGGAGGAAAAGGAUGGCACCAUCAAAGUCAGGGUCGAGCAGUGGAAGCUCUGACAAGACAAAGAAGUCCGGUUCUGUGUAGUGGGUUUCCUGCAACUUCUGUACUCAAACUUGCUACUUACGUGUUACCGGGGUGAAUAUUGAUAUCAAGAAAUUUACGUUAUCUUCGAAUAACAACAUGAAAUUAUUGAUUAAACAUUACGACAUUUCCCUUUUAUUACAAAUUUGAGUAUAAAUAAAUGUAAACAUGGUAAAUCCAUGUAUUAAGUUUGUUAUCAUUAUUUCAGCAAAGAGUAAGUUCUAUAUGUGCUGGGCAGUGGUACAUUGUGCAAUGAGCCAUGCAUGAAUGCUUGCUGCAUGUGCUGUAUGUUGUGGUUCUAUGUGCUUGCCACUGGGCAGAGCAGCUUUGACACUGGUCUUGACAGGACCUAUGUGAUGAGUGAGUGAAUGAGGAGGAGUUGAGAUGUGCAGCAACUAAGUAUGGUUGGCAUCGAAGUUACAUGUGGGCAAGACAGGCCAGAAAGAAGACUUCUCUUAGCUCUGACACCACGGUGAGGCAGCUGGGUUCCGAUGUAGAUUCCGAUUCGGAUACCCGCGAUGCUGAUUUCGGGACAAGUCCUCCAGGACGGACCUUGUUCAUCUUCAGAGAUGCGAAACUUCGUCUACUGGAAGCCUAGCAUCGAUAUAUUUUUCGACGACGUCCACUUCAACUAUACGACAAGUUUUCAUCGAGAAUGAGACGCGACAUGUGCACAUGAAAGCAAAGUCCAUAUGAGUUGAGAUCAGUCGCGGAUACUUAUUUUUAUUAAUUAAUUUAUCUGCAGAAUAUUAAAAAACGCAUGCGAUUUCUUUGAAAUUUCUAAGAGUAUAAAGAAAAUCUGAAUUAAGAGCUUAAUUGUAUUUUUACACUUUAAUUAUUGCAGUAUACUGUUUUUGUUUUAAAUACCAAAAAUGAAUAGAUGCUUUUCGUAGGAAAACAUGAAAUUACUUGAAUUAUUUACAAUAUUUUGAUAUUUUUUACCACAAUAUAAGACAAUAUUUUCAUUUGAAUAGUUAUAUCAGAUUGAUUGAAGUAAUUACAUUUGAACAUGCAUGUAUACUAAUUAUUCAAAAUAGAUGAAGAAUAUAUUGUUUGAGAUGAUUUUCUUUCUGAAUAUGUUGAAGAAAAAAAUGUGAAGAUAUUUGAUUAAUUAAUCAUAAUUUAAUGAUUUGAAUAUAUAUCAAUGCUUUGGAUUUCAUUUAAUAUUGUUGUGUGAAUUCUUAGCCAACAUAUAUCUAUAUAAUCAGAAUAGUCUAUCGUCAGACAUUGGAAAACAGUGCCCAUAGAUCUGACACGGAGCCUUAUCAAUAAAAACAAACGUGGUGGGAAAUGCCAGAUGCUGCAUACCAAAUAAUCAGUAUACCGACCAACCGACCAACAUGUUAUGGAAGUUCUGUUUUAUUAACAAGACCUAUGUCAAGUAGAAUUGUUAACAACAGCUGCAAAGUUCACAUUAAACCCCGAUCUAUUCAACUAUAUAUAGGAGUAUUAUGGAUCAUAUUGCGUCGCUAUGAUAUGAUUACUAAUAACGAGUCGAACCGUCGAUAAGCAAUCCAGACAUGAGUAUAAAGAAAUAUAUACGAACAGUUUCUUUUUCACCAUGGAUGAUCAUGAGCGGCAUUCCUUCAUCAGAAUGGGCCAAAUUUUGAAUAGACUUUCCUCAAGAAUCUGCAAGCUUCUGGAGGCUUGUGAUAAAUCGAGCAUUUUCUUCAUAUUUCUGAGUCUACUCUCUGUCACAAAUGGUGACAUAACAAUCACAACCGUCAUGGAAGGGGAAGCAGCGACACUCAAUUUUACUUACCCUUGCGACAGCGCACGCAAAACUUUACGCCAUGGAUACAAGAUGCCAUUUUACGAUUCUAUACGUCAAGAGGUAAAAACUUUGCUUGAUCAUCAAGAUAUAAUUGACGUUGGAAGUAAUGCCCUGAAUAACUCCUGUCUCCUGCAACUUAAGAUCGACCCGGUUUUGAGGAGUGAUGUCGGAGGAUACAUUCUAACUUUUUAUGGCGGUGGCGGAAAUAUCCUUGGAGAUUCAAGAAUUGGUUUAAGAGUCGACUUUCCACCGGGGAAAGUGUCUUGCCAGUGGGAAGAGAAGAAUGUCACUGGUGACUGGGGCUUAAUGCAGUGCAGGUGUCAAGCAGGAAACGUUCCCGGGCAAAUCGCUUGCUAUCAAAAUGGGAUUCGUCUUCCUCGGGCUACUUCGCCAUCGGUGGGUGGAGAUAUUCUUCAGCAGACUAUCUCGGUCAGGCAUUCGGAAACUGCCUUCUGUUGUGCUUCUCUCCUGGAUCAACUUAUCGACAUGUGUGCGUGCAGCGACUAUGUGUGGGAUCCGAAUAAAAAUGGUGACACCAAGAAUCCUUGCGCCACUCCUCAGGAAGACUCCACAACCAGCCUGUCCACAAAUCCAAACAGCCUUUUGGAAGACCUUUCCAUUUCUAUCGCUACAUCAUCUCCAGGAAGAGAAACUUUCGCCGAAAAUCAUGGCGACAUGGUCAAAAGCAAUGUAUAUAUUACAUUUCACUGGGGAGUAUUACUAGCAUUUGUAUCCUUGGUGUUGCUGAUCGUUGUUCAGUGCUUUGUUCUUGCAGUAGCUUUUCAAAAGAUUCGUCAACUUAUUGAGCAAGGAAAGUUGAGAGAUAAACAAAAUGGUAAUUACAAAAGCGUUCCAUCGGUGGAUGUGACACUUUAAUAGCAAUGACUUACUCGCCUGU